AUGCUCUCCCUCACUGUGCCCUCAGCGCCCGCCAUCGUGAACGGCGUGCUGACGCGGGUAAACUUGAGCUACACCGCCAUGAACAACACGAUGCUGCGCGCGCUGGUGGGCGGCGUGAUCGGGCCGCUGCUGCAGGAGCUGCGCCUCCACGGAUGUCACUGCGUGUCGGAGGUGCAGUGUGUGUCCACGCGGUGCCGGCGUCUGCGCGUGCUGAAGCUGAGCGGCACCUCGGUCGAUGCUUCAGCGCUGUCGUCGUUGAUGGCAGCGCUGCCGCACCUCGCCGACCUCGACGUGCGAUACUGCGCGCGGGUGCGUGACCUUCAUUGGCUGGCGGAGUCCCUCCGUACCCACGCAGAGCAGACUCGCAUGGAAAGGCAGCAGCAGCUGCAAGCGGUCACGGCGAGAAACAGCGCUAGCACGCACACGCAUCCGCAUCCGCACCCGCCUGCGCGGUGCAGCGAGUGUCCGGCGCUCCGCGCCCACCGUCCCGCGAUGACGCUCGCCGCGGUGCGGGAGGCCGCCAUGCCGUGCUGCGCCACCGCCUGUGCAGUGCGGCUGCCCGCUGCGUCGUCGGUGCCGUUGGUCGUCGUCGCCUCGCCCCUCACCAGUGGUCGAGCAACGCGGGGCCGGCGGGGCAACGGGUGCUCUCUCGCCCACCAUAUGAACAGCAAGUCUCGUGCCUUCGAGGGUGGCCGAGGGCGAGUGAGCACGCACGACGGCGGUAAUGGCGCCGCGAUGCCGUGGCCACGACCCGUUCCCUCCCCGCCAGCCUCCCCGUCUCCGUUCCCGCUUGCCGCAUCGAUGUCAAGCGCACGUGGGCUGCGCCGUAGCGGGGCUACAACCACCACCCGUACCUUCUCCACCGCGGCCGCCGUCGCUGCGGAGUGCCGCGGGCUGCGGGGUCUGACGCAGGUCGCCUUCGGCAACAACCACUACUAUCUCACCGUAGGCGCUAGCGGCCCCGCUGCCGCCGAGGAGGAGACGGAGGAGCCGCCGUCUUCUUCCUCGAAUGAUGACGCCGCUGCUGCUCGUGCGGCGGCGGCGAAGACGGUGGUGUUGCAGGAGGCCGUUCCGGGGUUGUUUGCCGUACUGGCACUGUGGCGACCGCAGGCGCGUGUGGUGGUGCUGCUGCGUCCGGGUUCCAUGGGAGCGGCGGAGUGGCGCGAGGUGGAGCAUUACACGCCGCACCUGCGAAUACAGGAAAUGUCGGUGUGA